AUGUCCGUAUCGGAAUACCAUGAUCAUUCAACUUCGUCAAAGAAAAGAGUUAGCAAGGCUUGUGAUUCUUGCAGGUUGAAAAAAACCAAAUGUAAUGGGAAACAGCCUUGUGAACGGUGCUCUUUGAACAACAAGAUCUGCGUAUAUACAGAGAGAAAGAAAUCAAAGGAGAAAAAUUACACUGCGGAGUAUGUUGAAUUGAUGGACAACAGAUUGACAAUGGCAAAUAAAUCUUUAAUUAAAUUAUGCGAGUUAAUUAAAUUGAACAAUCUCGAAGAAAUUGCCAAUUUGGCUAGCAGGUUAGACUACAAUGAAAGCGAUAACUUGAACCCAAUCUCUAUCAACCAGGCAAUCGAACUCAUUAAUGAUAUCAAUGUCGAAAAGAAGUCAUCUUCGAACCCAUCACCUGAGGUAAAGAGCGCCAUUAAGUACCCAAUAUUCUCAUCUGAUUCGUCAGAGAGCGUUUUGUCACCCCCAAAUCUGGACAUUUCCUCCAGUGAUGAAAUGAAUAGUUACAACAAAAUGUACAAUAAUGAUCUCAAUGUGCAGUUACAGCAUCUCAAUUCUAACCCAUCCCCGGUUGAGGAGUAUGAUCCGUCAGUACUGGGGUUUGCUACAGGAAGCCUAGGAGAUAAUCCCACUGACACCAACAGCUGUAACAGUUGUGAUCAUAACAGUUCUUUGCUUAAAAACUUUUCUUAUAACCAAUCCUUUGAUAACUCAAUUAAUCCUUUACUAAUACCCACUGACUCUUUUACAAGCGUUUCUGAAUUUUCAAGUAUGUCCAAUCAGAUCUCUUAUACCCAAUACUCUGAAUUUGUCUCUCCUUCUUCAAUCACAAGUGCAACAUCAGAUUUGAUCUUUUCUAACUUCGAGGAUAAUCGCCCCAUUACUAACAAUGCAACCCAUCAUCGUUCAAGUAUAAGUAAUGGCUCAAUUAGGAAAGUUUGUCAUCAUAAUAAAGGCCCACAGAUUGGAUCCCGUAGUCCAAAGUCACUUAAUGGGCAAAAUUCUUCAAAACUCAUUUUAGGUUCGACUUCUUCGAUUCCUCUUCCCGUAAGGUACGAAGUUACAGAGUCCCUAUAA